AAGGUGGAGACCCGGCAAAUGGGCUGCACCUGGGCGGGCCAGCGCAUGGGGGCCAGUACCCAGAGGCUCCCGAGAGUGGCGCGGGGACGGGGAGGGGCAGGGCGAGCUGGUUCCCCGCGUGGAGGCGCGGGAAGAUCUGAGUUGAGACCGCGUGGUGUAGUGGUUAAGCUACCUCACGUGUGGAGGGAAGGCGGGAAGCCAGCAAAUAAAGAGGAAAAACGGAGCGAUGCUGAUCUCAGGACAAACGACUGGACCUUCUUAGCCCUGGCGGAGCCACGGAGGGCCAGGCAAAAGCUCGUCAAAGCUGACUCGUCUUGAGUGGCCGGCCCCGGCUUCCCUUCCACACACCGCAGCUACUUAUAGAGCCAGACCCUCAGCUUCUGCUCAGCUCCAGACACACACAGCUUCUCCAGGCAGCACUGCCUCAGAACAGAGAUUACUUCUCUAGCUCACUUGGACAAUGUCACUUGGUGGAGAAGGACUGUGAGAUCGUGGCUAGAAGCCAGGUUGUAGCCACCUGCCUGCCACUGCCCAGCUGAGUGGCAGCCCAGAGCCCAGGAGCAGCACGUGGCCAUAGGCCACAGACACGGCGAAGAUAUGAGUGUGGUGGUGAGCACCUCUGCUCCCCUGCUCCCAGCCUCAGACACAAACACUGUCACAUCUACCUUCUCCCUUGUGGACUAUGUAGUGUUUGUGCUGCUGCUGGUUCUCUCCCUUGCUAUUGGGCUCUACCAUGCCUUUCGUGGCUGGGGCCGGCAUACUGUUGGCCAACUGCUCAUGGCAGACCGAAAAAUGAGCUGUCUUCCUGUGGCUCUGUCUCUGCUGGCCACCUUCCAAUCAGCCGUGGCCAUCUUGGGUGUGCCGUCCGAGAUCUACCGAUUUGGGACCCAGUAUUGGUUCCUGGGCUGCUGCUAUUUUCUGGGCCUGCUGAUUCCUGCACACGUCUUCAUCCCUGUCUUCUACCGCCUGCAUCUCACCAGUGCCUAUGAGUACCUGGAGCUCCGAUUCAAUAAAGCUGUGCGGGUUUGUGGGACCUUGACCUUCAUCUUUCAGAUGGUGAUCUACAUGGGAGUCGUGCUCUAUGCACCAUCAUUGGCCCUCAAUGCAGUGACUGGCUUUGACUUGUGGCUGUCAGUGCUGACCCUAGGCAUUGUUUGUACUGUCUAUACUGCUCUGGGCGGGCUGAAGGCAGUCAUCUGGACAGACGUGUUCCAGACGCUGGUCAUGUUCCUAGGGCAGCUGGUGGUUAUCAUUGUGGGGUCAGCCAAGGUGGGCGGCUUGAGGCAUGUGUGGGAAGUGGCUUCCCAGCAUGGCCGCAUCUCUGGGAUCGUGUAAGUACACCCCUUCCCCUGGCUGGGGUCUAUAGUGCCUGGGGGCCGAGCCCAUCCUAGAACCUGAACUCAGGGCUGCAGUAAACAGGACAAGCUGUGGAAGCCUUAGGGGCAGCAGUGAGACAGGUGGGAAGCUGGCACUGCAGAGAUGGAGGGUGAUCACAGGGAUCUGGCUGGUGGGUAAGGAGGGUCAAGAUGUUUUUAGUACCUGGCAUGAGGCUGUGGGUUGGAGGGAUAGAACCCUUCCUCCAUCUUGCUGUGCUGUUUCUUGUGUCCACCCAGUUCUUUUUU